UGCUUAUUGGCCUGAGAGUGACGCUGAGCCUCAACCACAUCCAAUACUCGUCGGAAAAAAAGACACCGAAUUCAUGAUAUGACUUAACGGAGACUCAUCUGGCGGAUGUGUGCGGUGGAACGCACACCGAUACCUGGUAACCGAUUGAAACGACGUGCAGCUGGACGGAUGAAACGUCUGGCCUACUCUCUUGAUAUCAGCUAAUAGACCCCGGCCCUCGCCUCCGCCUCCUUCAAUAAGGGCUCUCCUCAAGGAAUCCAACUGGUGUUUCGUUGCCCUCCCGACAGCCGCCACGUCAAUGAGAAUGAUCGACCCACCACUCCUGAGCUUCACAGUUGCUGUCAAGCACGAUCGAGGAUUCAUUUCCUCCCGAAACGAGACUGGAUGUGUUUGGAAUCGUGUCUGAACUGUCGAUGAGCAAUUAGUUACCUUUGAAAACGGGCGGCAGAGGGCGCCUUAAAAACCAAUGGUGUCGAAAGGAUGAGACUCACCAACAUCGUCUUCCCCGCGCCUCGUCGGAGCUGCGUCUCACAUUCUUUCACGACCAACGCUGCAAGUGUCUUCGUCGGCUCAACUUGCUCAACUGCUUGACAGGCCCGCUUGUCUCUUCUCUCGUUCCAAAGCUCACUCUCUUUACUUCAUCGGCACGGUCCACAUGCGGUUCAUUGCACUUUCUCUUGCCCUCGGAGCACCUUUCCUUUCACUUGGACGGACAGUUUCUGUCCCUCGCACACCCUCCAUCUCCUCCGACGUCAUCGCUCGUACGCAUGCCCAUGGGGCAGCGGGUGCUUCAACCUCGAUGUGCGGCUGUAUAUCCGGCGGCAUUGAGAUUGGGGGCAUCCACUACGGCGACAUCUCAGCCUCCGAGGAGAUCUGCACAUGCGCAUCGCUUCUCGCUUCGCUCGUCGCGGACAUCAAGCUCAGUCCUAUCACCUGGGCCCUGGAUGUGCUCGGCCAUGGGGCUGUUAUCGCCAGUUUGACGGACAAGCUAAACAACUGCGACACGAAGCGUACCUGUUCUCUCCCAGCCUUUGCCGAGUCUCGCUGCAAGAGGGACGAUAUCUGCGGCUUCGAGUGCUCCGGCGGAUACUCUCGCGAGGGUGAUCACUGCGCGGAUAGCUCUGUGGUUGCUGACGGUCAAGUUGGCGCUGGUGUGGAAGUCGGCGGCGGUGUAUCUGUUGCCGGGGACGUCGGCUUCUCGGUCUCGUCUGAAACGACAACUUCUGUCUGUGCCUGUAUCUCGGGUGAUCUUAAGGUCAAGGGCAACGAGUGCGGAGCUGUCUCAGCUUCGGAUGAGCUAUGCACUUGUGUUUCUCUCCUGCCCUCACUGAUUGGAUCUAUCUCGGCUGCUGGCGCAGGACACAUUGGGGCAUCCAUCGGCAUCGGUGCUGGGCUUCAAGUCGGCAUUGGCGCUAGUCUCGGUGGUGCUAUUUCGGCUGGUCUGGGCUUUGGCUCUGUUGGAGAUGUUGUGGGCAGUCUCAGCGGACUGAUUGAAUCGUGCGGCGCCCAGCAAUCAUGCACCUUUCCACCGUUUGCUGUUCCGGACUGCAAGAAGCAAGCCAUCUGCGGCUUCACCUGUGGAGAGGGAUACAGCAAAGUGGGUGAGGAGUGCGUCAAGCCGUUGAGUGGUUCUUCGGGCUCUUCCUCUGGUCAAUUGGGUCCCGGUAACUCUGGAUCGACGGGAUCCGGUAGCUCCGAUUCCGGUAGCUCGGGAUCGUCGGGCUCCGGAUCAUCUGAGUGCGCCUCUACCGCGACAUCCUGCACGGAUUCGACGUCGACGAUGGCAACGAGACCCACUUCGACUACGACUACAACUUCGUGCACCGACACUGCAACCACCACUUCCCCAGCUGCGACUCCUACCGUUUCCAAUUCAGGUUCCGGAUCUUCUGGAUCAUCUGGAUCAUCUGGCAGCUCGAAAUCCUCUGGAAGCACCGGCUCUGACUCGAGUGGAGAAUCAUCUGGCUCAUCGGGUCAUGGCCCAGGCGCAGGCUCUAGCCUGGAACCAUCAGGGGGGUCCGCCUCCAGCGGCUCUUCAGGUAGCUCGGGAAGUGGGAGCGCGUCAUCGGGCUCCGGCUCUUGGUCGAACACAUCUUCAUUGUGCGGCUGCGUCUCUGGAUCACUGAACGUCAAUGGCAAACAUUGUGGAUUCAUCUCUUCUUCUCAAAGCCUUUGCUUCUGUGUCAAUCAGCUCCCUAGCCUCGUCGCUUCCAGCUCUCUCGACGUCAUUGCCGUUGGUCUUCAAGUCGGAUCUGCUGCUGAUGUUGUCACCGCACUGACUGCCAAGCUGUCGACUUCUGCUGCCACAAAGACCUGCUCGUUCCCCCUCUUCUCCACCUCAACGUGCGGAAAGUCCGAUCUCUGUGCCUUCUCCUGCGCACCGGGCUUCAAGUCCAAGGGCGGAGCGUGCGUUGCUGGAUCUGGGCACGCCGAAGGACAUGGAGAUAGCGGGGGAAAGGAGCACGGUAAAGCAUAUGGGCACGGCAAACACGGUCACGAACACAGCACUGGACUUGGAUUGGGGCUGGGUGAUGGUCUCAGCCUGGGUCUCGGUCUGGGCGGGCAAGCUAGCGCGAGCGCCGGUUUUGGUAUCUCGGCGGGCGGCAUGCUCUCCCUGGCGGUUCCUAGCGCGUCAAUCUGCGGCUGUGCAUCUGGCUCGCUGGAAGUCAAUGGUAAUCAGUGUGGUGACAUCCCUGCAUCCGCAAACUUGUGCGCGUGUCUCUCGACUCUUUCCGUCGCGCCAUCUGCCUCGACCCUCCUCUCCCACCCCGCCGUCGCCUCUCUUGAUGCUAUCCGCGCUGGGUUGACCAUUGCCAGCGAGGCCGACGUCGCCGCUGCUUUGGGUGCGAAGAUCUCUGCCUCCGUAGGUGUGUCCGCUGGCGUAAGCGCACAGACCUGCGCCUUUCCGGCAUAUGCCGAAUCUCGCUGCUCCGCCUCCGAUGUCUGCGCAUUCGAUUGCGCGUCGGGUCACUCCAAGGACGGCAAGUUCGGCAUAUGUGUUUCCUCGGAUACGAAUGUCGGAGGGAAAGUAAGCGGCGGCAUCCUUGGCUUGGGUAUCAAGCUGCCUUUCGGCUUGAGCUUGUAACGAUAUCGGUACGCAAUGUGCUCUAAUGCCAUGGACUUCUCAGAGCUGCUUACUCAUCUAUGUGCUCCUACGUAUUCACUCUACGGACCGAUUUCUUCCACAUUGUAUCUCCUGGACAUUCUUCUGGUUGUACAUUCUAGUUACCCACUUGUCCUCCUUGUAAAUUCGGUCCUCUGGGAUCAUUGAGACCCUCGUGUCGCAGGACUAGUCGGUCUUGGAAACCGGAUAAUUGGUUUAUUGACUCCGAUUUGAAUCAUAAAUUCACUGAGAGGUGAUAGCCCUUAGUUCCAGUCCUAUCGAAUGCAGUACGAAUUCCUCCGUCUGUACUCCGUUGAUUUCAAAAAUUCGAGACGAGGAAAUGCGAGUGACAAGAAACCGCUUUGCGGAAGAACGGCCAGGAACGCUC